CGAGCCAGAGAGGGCGGGCGAGGGCUGGGCUCCGGCUCAAAACCCCUCCCCGGGACAGACGGGCUCUGCGCUCCCUACGGUCCGCUCCUCCUGCUCAUCCUCCUCCUCCUCCUGCUGCUGCUGCUGCUCCGCCGCCGUCUCCGGGCAUCUUUCCAAGAUGUCGACUGUGCACGAAAUCCUCUCCAAGCUCACCCUCGAGGGAGAUCACUCUCUCCCUCCGAGCGCCUACGCCACGGUCAAGGCCUACGGAAACUUUGACGCCGAAAGAGAUGCCGCGGCUCUCGAAACCGCCAUCAAGACCAAAGGCGUCGAUGAGGUGACCAUCGUCAACAUCCUGACAAACCGCAGCAACGAACAGCGCCAAGACAUCGCUUUUGCUUAUCACCGGAGGACAAAGAAGGAACUCCCGGUGGCGCUGAAGUCGGCGCUGUCGGGACACCUGGAGACGACCAUCCUGGGAUUGCUGAAAACGCCUGCGCAAUACGACGCCUCCGAACUCAAAGCCGCCAUGAAGGGCCUGGGGACGGACGAAGACACGCUCAUUGAGAUCAUUUGCUCGCGGACAAACCAGGAACUCCACUUAAUCAACAGAGUUUACAAAGAUAUGUACAAAACCGAGCUGGAAAAAGAUAUCAUCUCAGACACAUCUGGCGAUUUCCGGAAGCUGAUGGUUGCCCUGGCCAAGGGGAGAAGAAACGAGGAUGUUUCCGUGGUGGACUAUGAGCUGAUUGACCAAGAUGCCAGGGAACUGUAUGAUGCGGGCGUCAAGAGGAAGGGCACUGAUGUCGCCAAGUGGAUCAACAUCAUGACCGAGAGGAGCAUCCCCCACCUUCAGAAAGUGUUUGAGAGGUACAACAGCUACAGUCCUUAUGACAUCUUGGAAAGCAUCAAGAAGGAGGUGAAAGGAGACCUGGAAAACGCCUUCGUCAAUCUUGUUCAGUGCAUCCAGAACAAGCAGCUGUACUUUGCCGACCGCCUCUACGACUCCAUGAAGGGCAAAGGCACCCGGGACAAGAUCCUGAUCAGGAUCAUGGUCUCCCGCGCCGAGGUCGACAUGCUCAAGAUCAAGAGCGAAUUCAAGAGGAAAUACGGGAAGUCUCUCUAUUACUUCAUCCAGCAAGACACCAAGGGCGACUACCAGCGGGCCCUCCUGAACCUCUGCGGCGGCGAAGACUGAAAACUGUGAUAGAAAAGAAUAGGAAACAACAGGACCUGUUGCUUUAUUUCUCCCUCUUGGCUUCUAUCGUCCCUUCUUCCCUUUAUUUUUGCAAAAACGUAGUGCCCGGGAGAGACCCCGGCCUCACUAACCCGAACUUCUGUAUUCCUUCCUUCCUUGAUGUUGUUGCUUUGGUAGAGAUAUUUCCCCGUCCUGUGCGGCUUUCUCCCCAAAUCGCUGCAAAGUUAACAUUCCAAAGAAUAGGAGAGAGAAAGGAAGAAGAUAGGCCGGUAUCGCCGUACGGUUGGCAGGAUCAAUAAAUCCUUUGUAUGGUUGGCAGGAUCAAUAAACACGGAGUUUGUACUUUAAGAAAAUGACCGUCAUCCUCAUCUA